GCCUACCCACCGGCCACCAGCGCCUUCUCCACGAGGGACGAGUGUGGUCUUUUGCCCACCUCGCCGCCGCGCCGCCCACAACCCCGCCUUCCUCUGCUCCGCCCCUCUCAAGCGCGUGCCUUCCGCCCGGCAGGCCGACCUAGCCGUCGAAGCGGCCGCCGUCCAUCCCGAGCGCUCGCGGGUCUCCGGGAUCGGGACAGCCGCUGCCGCGUCUGCAUCCCAUCCAAAUUCAGUUUAAGCCACUCCCUUGGCUGCCACCACAGCUCACUGCUUGAGCGUCCAGAAUCCAGAUCCCCUCCCUCUUGAAUCCGGGCGAAUUCUUCGGCCUGUGCCGGCCAUGGAUUUCAUGAAGGUUUUCGACCAGACCGUACGGGAGAUCAAGAGGGAGGUCAAUCUGAAGGUGCUCAAGGUUCCCGAGCUCGAGCAGAAGGUACUUGACGCAACAAGUGAUGAACCUUGGGGUCCCCAUGGAUCUGCUCUUUCAGAAUUAGCGCAGGCCACUCGGAAGUUCUCUGAGUGUCAGAUGGUAAUGAGUGUCCUCUGGACUAGGGUGGCUGAGCGAGGCUCAAACUGGCGCCAUGUGUAUAAGGCACUGACAAUUAUUGAGUACUUGAUAGCCAAUGGAUCCGAGCGGGCAGUUGAUGACAUUCUUGAUCAUUAUUCAAAGAUCUCGGUUCUUUCGAGUUUUGAGUAUGUGGAGCCUAAUGGAAAAGAUUCUGGAAUAAAUGUGAGGAAGAAAGUCGAAACUCUAUUGGGCAUCAUAAAUGACAAGGAGAGAAUAAAGGCUGUGAGGGAGAAAGCAGCCAGUAACCGUGACAAGUAUGUUGGAUUAUCAUCGACAGGCUCCACAUAUAAAUCAAGCUCAGCCUCUUUAGGAAGCAACUACAGUUCAGGUGAACGUUAUGGGAGUUUCAGUGGCACAAGGGAAGCUGAUUCAUUCAGUGACAGUUACAGGGACAAAGAACCUGCUAAAAAAUCUGCAAGUAAUACUGGCAGCCACAAAUCUGGCAGCAAGAUAAGAAACGAUGCGAAGCAUGAUAGAAGCUCCUCGAAGUCCCCAUCCAACACAAAAGGCAAUGAGGACGACUUUGAUGACUUUGAUCCUCGUGGAUCUUCUUCAAAUGGUGCGGCUAAUACAAAGACCAGUGAGGUGGAUCUUUUUGGCCCAAACUUGAUGGAUGAUUUUAUUGAUGAACCUGCAGCAAUUCCAGCAACAAACAGUGCUGCGGAACCUCAAGCAGAUCUAUUUGCUGAUGCAGAUUUCCAGUCAGCAGCCCCGAGUACAGAAACAGCUGCGCAUCAGGAUAUCCAGGACAAUGUUGACCUUUUUGGGGGAAAUGCAACAUUUGCUUCGGCAUUCACACCACAGACGGGGUUUCCACCACCAAGUUCUGGGACAUCUUCAGAUGCUAAUGUGUCCAUGUCCAAGAACACAAUACCUGAACCAUUUGAUCCUUUUGCUGAUAUUCCUAUAAGCAGUUUUGGUGGUACUGACCCAUUUGGUGCCUUCAGCUCUAAUGUUGGAUCGUCUAGUGCACCACCACCUCUACAUGGUUCCACUGGAAGUAGAGGCACGUCGAGUCAGAACCUUCAGGCAGCCUCGAACUUUGGUGCCUUUGAAUCGAACACUGAGGCUGCAGCUAAAGAUCCCUUUGAUUUUUCUUCCAGUGGCAAUCUUGGUAAAGCAGACGUGACACCUUUGGCAUCUCCCAAAACUGAUGCAUCUGAUUUCGGUGCCUUUGUAGCAAACACUGAGGAAGCAGCUAAGGACCCAUUCGAUCUUUCUUUGAGUAGCAACCAUGGAAGGACAGGGCAAGCACCUAUGGCAGCUCCCAAGUCUAAUGCCAAGAAGGAAAAUUUCCAGGUCAAGUCUGGCAUAUGGGCUGACUCUUUGAGCCGUGGAUUGAUUGAUCUGAACAUAACUGGACCAAAGAAGGUGAACUUAGCUGAUGUUGGGAUUGUCGGCGGCCUCAGUGAUGGAUCUGACGACAAGGCUCAGCAGCCCUCAUGGAGCAUGGGUGCAGGGGGAUCCGGCCUAGGAAUGUCCGGAAUUCCCAAGUCUACACAGGGUGGUGGCAUCGAGAGCCUGGCAAACUACAACAAGUAUCAAUUUGGCUUCAAAUGAGCUUUCCAAGCGAAAACAUUUGUAGCGUGUGGUACUCCUUUGCUGGGCUGCCCCCUUUAUAUGCCUAUUGGUUAUUAACUUUUCUAUUUUCCACCCCUCUUUUGGUGAUUUCAUUGCAUUACUUAUAAUUGCUCAGUCAAGUAUCGUGAUCCUGGUCCUUGUGAGCGUGUAUUGUAUUUAUGUGGUUUGCGGAUAAGCGGCUCCUAUCUUAUGUCACACCGUGAUUCAAUUCAAUCUUACAGUUACUAUGCA